GACGCCCAGUACACCACAAGUGGACUGUCAAAGAGCAAGAGCCGAAUUCCACCAUCGACGGGCGCUGAAAGCCGCCAACGCCGAACGCCACCGACCUGGAUCAACCCGUCAAGAUAAAUCGCCUCUGCUCCGCCUGCUCGCCGCCAUUUUAUGAAGUUUUGGCGCAAAAUUUGGCAAAGGAAACUGCAUUAUUUAAGACACGCGGUUUGGUUCUCAGGUCUUGGCCUUUAGAACUUGCCCAUGAUUGGAAAUAAUUCACCCUGAUCUCUAUACUCAACUCUAACAUGUUCCGGCUGAAUUUUGUCUCCGUCGUUGCCACAUCAAGUAGCACCCAUCCCUGCUCUUUCUGCUCUGCUCUACAUCCAUUGACUAGCAGAAGUUACUGUUUCUUCAAUCGUCAAGAGUGUGUAACUACAUCAUAUAAGAUUACUUCGCGAUCAAUCAAAGCCAUGUCUGGAACUCUCGCUACUCCUAAGUGCGAGUUCAAAUCUUCUACUUCCGGGAAAAGGAGAGCGUUGAUAUCACUUUCUGACAAGAAAGAUUUGUAUAUGCUUGGAAAUGGAUUACAAGAUUUAGGGUUCACAAUUGUUUCUACUGGUGGAACUGCAUCAGCUCUGGAGGUUGCUGGGGUUCCAGUGACCAAAGUUGAAGAGCUUACACAUUUUCCUGAAAUGCUUGAUGGCCGUGUAAAAACUUUGCACCCUACCAUUCAUGGGGGUAUUCUGGCUAGAAGAGAUCAGGACCAUCAUAUGGAAGCCCUUGAUAGACAUGGAAUUGGUACAUUUGAUGUUGUAGUGGUCAACUUGUAUCCAUUUUAUGAAAAAGUUUCUUCCUCAGCUGGCAUAUCAUUUGAGGAUGGAAUUGAGAACAUUGACAUUGGAGGACCUACUAUGAUCAGAGCAGCUGCGAAGAAUCAUAAAGAUGUUCUGGUUGUGGUUGAUUCUGAUGACUAUCCUGAGCUCCUGCAAAUACUUCAAGGAAAGUCGGAUGACCAACAGUUCAGGAGAAUGUUAGCUUGGAAAGCAUUCCAACACGUUGCUUCAUACGAUUCUGCAGUUUCUGAGUGGUUGUGGAAGCAGACCAGUGGAGAUAAUUUCCCCCCCAGCUUUACGGUGCCUCUAUCGCUAAAAAACUCACUUCGCUAUGGUGAAAAUCCUCAUCAAAAGGCUGCAUUCUAUGUUGAUAAAUCACUAUCUGAGGUUAAUGCUGGUGGUAUUGCAACUGCUAUUCAGCAUCAUGGCAAGGAGAUGUCAUAUAAUAAUUAUCUAGAUGCUGAUGCAGCUUGGAAUUGUGUGUGUGAGUUUGAUAAACCGACAUGCGUAGUUGUGAAGCACACAAACCCUUGUGGUGUGGCUUCAAGAAGUGAUAUUAUCGAAGCAUAUAGGCUUGCAGUCAAAGCAGAUCCAAUUAGUGCCUUUGGCGGUAUAGUUGCCUUCAAUGUGGAGGUUGAUGAGGGUCUUGCUAACGAUAUUCGAGAAUUCAGAAGUCCAACAGAUGGUGAAACUAAGAUGUUUUAUGAGAUAGUUGUUGCACCAAAAUAUACAGAAAGAGGUCUUGAGGUUCUACGUGGAAAGUCCAAGAAUUUGAGAAUUCUGGAGGCUCUUAAAAACAAUAAGGGAAAGCUCUCACUUAGGCAGGUUGGUGGGGGUUGGUUAGCUCAGGCAUCAGAUGAUAAAACCCCAGAAAACAUUCAGUUUGAUGUAGUUUCUUCUGGGAAGACACCUCAAGAAAGUGAGCUUAGUGAUGCCCAGUUUGCAUGGCUAUGUGUCAAGCAUGUGAAGAGCAAUGCGAUUGUGAUAGCGAAGGACAAUCGCAUGCUAGGUAUGGGGAGUGGACAACCGAAUCGUCUUGAGAGUCUAAGAAUUGCAUUAAGGAAAGCAGGUGAACAAGUCCAGGGAGCUACGUUGGCCAGUGAUGCUUUCUUUCCUUUUGCAUGGGGCGAUGCUGUAGAGGAAGCAUGCAAAAGUGGAGUUAGUGUAAUUGCAGAACCAGGAGGGAGCAUCAGGGACAAGGACGCCAUCGAUUGUUGUAACAAGUACGGCGUGACCCUGCUUUUUACCGGUGUAAGGCACUUUAAGCACUAAUGUCAGAUCUAGAGGUGUCUUGCUCCUGGGGAAGGGCAGUUCAGAGGGUCUUUGGGAGACUUCUUUAGACUAUGAACAUGCUCCUUAACUUUUUUGGGCAAGACAAGGGUAGGUCUGGUCUCCCACACCAACCCCCUCUCCCUAGGUCCUUUUUAGCUGUAUCCUACAGUAGACAAUUUUGAGUUCUUGAGCAUCAUGUUUUAUUUUGUUCUUUUUUUAAACUAUGUGAGACACCAACCAUAAGGGAAGCUAUACUAAAGAAGUUUUAUAGUCGGGUUGCGAACAAAUGAUCUCACCAUGUUUCAGUUUCAGUGUUUCGCGAGCGACUUAACGGCUA